UCCUUGUUCCCAGGUUUUAGCUUUUAGGUUAUGUUGAUACUUCAUGAAUGCACAAUAAUUUAUUGAUAGUAUUUUUAUAAUAUCAUUCUUUUCAAAUAAAAUAUUAUGACUACUCUACGGCCAUUCACCUGCAAUGAUUUAUUGAAAUAUAAUGCUGUAAAUCUUGAUCCACUAACGGAGACCUACGGUCUGUCAUUCUACAUGCAAUACCUGGCCCAUUGGCCUGAGUACUUCCUAGUGGCCGAAUCUGCCAGUGGAGAGAUCAUGGGCUACAUAAUGGGAAAAUCGGAGGGGCACGGGGAGAACUGGCAUGGUCACGUGACUGCCCUCACUGUCUCCCCCUACUACCGACGGUUGGGGUUGGCUGCUACCCUUAUGACUUCGCUGGAGGUUGUCUCCGAAAAGAAAAGAUGUUACUUUGUCGACCUUUUCGUGCGAGUUAGCAACAAGAACGCCAUAGCCAUGUACAAAGCUUUGGGCUAUGUUGUAUACAGAACGGUACUGGAAUAUUACUCGGGAGAUCCUGAUGAAGAUGCGUUUG